UGGGUCUUGCGAGUAAAGUACAGCAUGUGUUUCCCGUUUGACACCGCACCGCUGUAGCUGGACUGGAGUAUACGUAGUAUCUGACGUCCAUGCCCCACACACGUAGCGUCUGACGUCCAGUCCAACCCGUCAGCUUUGCCUACUUAUCCCCAACCUCGUGGCUUGGCAGUGCCAUCCGGAUAUUUUUGAGCAGGAAAUCGAAGUGCCAGGACCGAAGAAGCAGAGCAAGCAGUCAUCAAUGGCGAAAGGAAUGCCUGCGGUCGGUUGGGCCGCGAGGGACACGUCCGGUGUCCUCUCCCCCUACAGCUUCUCACGAAGGGCUCUGAAGGACGACGAUGUCACCAUCAAGGUGCUCUUCUGCGGGCUCUGCCACACCGACCUCCACAUCGCCAAGAACGAGUGGGGCAACGCCCUCUACCCCGUCGUCCCGGGGCAUGAGAUUGUUGGCGUCGUCACCGACGUUGGCCCCGGCGUCAAGAACUUCAAGGCCGGGGACACGGUGGGCGUGGGCUACUUCAUCGACUCAUGCCGAUCCUGCGUGAGCUGCGGCAGCGGGCACGAGAACCACUGCCCCACGCUCGUGCUCACCUCCAACGCCGUGGACUACGACGGCGCCACCACCCAGGGCGGCUUCUCCGACGUCCUCGUCGUCGACCAGGGCUACGUCGUCCGCGUCCCGGAGGGCCUGCCCCUGGACGGGGCGGCGCCGCUGCUCUGCGCCGGCGUCACGGUGUACAGCCCCAUGAUGGAGUUCGGCCUCAACGCGCCGGGGAAGCACCUGGGCGUGGUCGGCCUCGGGGGCCUCGGCCACAUGGCCGUCAAGUUCGGCAAGGCCUUCGGGAUGACCGUCACCGUGAUCAGCUCGUCGCCGAGGAAGCGCGAGGAGGCCGUCGAGCGGCUCGGCGCCGACGCGUUCUUGGUCAGCCAGGACUCCGAGCAAAUGAAGGCGGCGGCCGGCACGAUGGACGGCAUCAUCGACACGGUGUCGGCGGGGCACCCGAUCGUGCCGCUGCUGGAGCUGCUAAAGCCGAGGGGGCAGCUGGUGGUGGUGGGCGCGCCCAGCACGCCGCUGGAGCUUCCGGCCUACGCCAUCAUCGGCGGCGGCAAGCGGGUGGCCGGGAACCUCGUGGGCAGCGUCGCCAGCUGCCAGGCGAUGCUGGACUUCGCAGGGAAGCACGGCAUCACCGCCGACGUCGAGGUCGUCAAGAUGGACUACGUCAAUACGGCGGUCGAGCGGCUGGAGAGGAACGACGUGAGAUACCGCUUCGUCAUCGACGUCGCCGGCAGCCAGCUGGGCGCCGCCGCUUAGUGCUUCCGAACACACCAUACGCGUGUCGUCCUCUUUGGUUACCUACCAGCUUCCAGCCACGUGAAGUCGUGAUUUGUUGUUUUAUUCUCACAAAUGGGUUGGUGCGUGCAAUUGCUUUUGAAAUAAUAGGUGCCAUCUUUAGAGCAUCUUCUAUUGCAAAUUUAGAGAUGUAAAACAAAGUGUUGUCUAAUUUACUUCAUCAAAAGUGCAUUUUACUCAUCAAAAA